GGAUGCCUAGCGAAUCUGUUAAAAGACAAAAAGGGUUUCUUUGUGUCACUACUGUUUUCUGCUGCUCAACACUGCUCAAACUGCAGUGGAUUCAUCUGUUGACGAAAAGCAUCAGCUUCCCUCCUUACUUUGUUACUAUUACCUAUUCCGUAUAGUCCUAUACACAUCCCCGUCUGUCAACGAAUUAUGCCCGACGCCUACCAGCUCAUCCGCAACGCGACCACCGUCUUCGAGUACGGUGGAAAGAAGUUCCUGAUUGACCCGAUGCUGGCGCAGAAGGGCGCCUACCCGGGCUUCGAGCACUCCGCCAACUCCGAGCUCCGCAACCCUCUCGUGGACCUCCCGAUGCGUGUGGAGGACAUUUUAAAGGGCAUCGACGCCGUUAUCCUGACCCACACCCACCCGGACCACUGGGACGAGGCGGCGGUCCAACUCAUUCCCAAGUCACUCCUCUUCUUCACGCAGAACGCGACGGAUGCGGAGCUGCUCAGGUCUCAGCGCUUUACCAACGUUCACAUCAUGGAAGAGAGCGGCACCGACUUGGGAAACAACAUCACGCUGCACAAGGCACCUUGCCAGCAUGGCUCCGACAAACUCUACUCCGUUCCCCAGCUGGCCGAGAUGCUUGGCCAGGUGGCUGGUCUUGUUUUCCAGCGGCCGGGAGGCAAAUCGGUGUACUUCGCGGGGGACUCGGUGUGGAUCAGCGGCGUGGAAGAGACGCUGCAGAAGUACAAGCCCGAUUUUGUCGUGUUGAACGCUGGCAACGCGACGCUGGAUGACUUCGGGCCGAUUAUCAUGGGUGAAAACGACGUGAUGCGCACCUUGGCUAUUGCGCCGGAUGCGGUGGUGAUCGCGCAGCACAUGGAGGCCGUCAACCACUGCGUGCUGACCCGCCAGCAGUUGCGUGAGUUCGUGGAGAAGAAAGGCAUCGCCUCGCACGUCUUCAUCCCGGCGGAUGGCGAGUUCGUCCCUGUUGCGUAAGAGCACAGGAAGACGAGACUCCCUCCCCUCUCCUUCUGGCGGUGGCAACACAAAAAACUAUUUUGCCAGGAUGCUACAAUGCGUUGUCGCAUAGCGUUCUUGUGAGGCAGUCCAGGUGCUUCAUGUCACACCUCCUCCCCCUUAUUUCAAGGGAGCCAACAGCAUUACCACAACGAGAAUUCUGGUGCUCUUCUACCUUUUCAAGUUGUACUGCUGUUGCUGUUAUUAUUAUUAUUAUUAUUACUAUUAUUAUUACUACCUUAACCUUCCUUCCUUUGCGUAGUCGACGAGAAGCGAAUUCGAUGUGGACGAGGCUGUAAGAGAAAAUGGGUAAGCUAGGGUGAGAAAUUAUCGAGGGAUAUCGAGUGGCGCAAGCCACGAGAUCAACACAUGUCACCCAACAUAGUACUAGUAUAGGGGUACUCUCCUCGAGAUGCCCCUAUAAAAGGACUGUAGACUUUUGUCUUGUGAAAGUCGGGAGCAGAAAACGCUGUUUUUACACACCACACGUUUUCCGGCAAAACGCCUCUACAUGGGGUCGUAUGCCCAAACAGGCACCAGUUUCCCAGGAUUCGAACCAAUUACCCACUUUCCUCGACUGAUUCCCUGCACUCCUUACCUACGGCGAAAACCGUAAAGCCUAGAGCCUUACGGUCCGUCCAAGCGUUUUUUCGUCCCGCCCGACCCACCCGUCGAAAAGGAACACGCUUUGCAGGCGCGCAGCGGGACCAACUCGGGAAGGCAGGUAAAACCGCUCUGCUACGGUGGGCUGCAUUUGGUGCCAUUGUCGGCCUUCUUUUCCUUGUUGUUGAGCUUCAGGCUACCCCCCUGCUGACGUUGUUUCCCAGUCAGCACGGCGGACCAUUGGUGGGUCCCAGGCGGUAGCAUCGCUCCUGUUUUGUUGUUUCUCUGUUAAUUUUUUACUUGUUUGUUUUCCCGUUCGGGCAUCUUUUUCUUUGCUUUCUGGUUUAGACAGGCGCACCAGGGGAGACAGAUCUCACCCUCUGCCAGCCAGCACGGCGGCUAACGCGUCCUGUCGGCGACCGACCACCGCGAACACCUACGGAACACAAAACGUCUGCAAAGUUCCCUUAAACGGGGUGUGCCUUGGUCGGCGCUCUAUUUUCAUGUGAUUGCUAUUUUUCAGUUUAAUACCUACUAUUAUGCUACUUUACCGGUUAUACCUAGGCGAUCUCCUCUACGUCCGUCCGUCAGUGUCUGCACACCUUUCACCGGUAGUCCACCGGUGGGUGCGUGGUAGGUUUCCUGCUUUGUUCACUACCACCACCACUUAUUCUCCCUGAUCGGUGCGCACGGGGACGGACCACGGCCAACAGACCAGGUCACCGACAUGCACCCUAAGUAAGCGUGCUUCCGGUGGACCGCUGCGUUGUCUGGUAUGGACCGUGUCCUCACACGUAACUCCAUCUAUAACAUGUGUUUUUCCUUUUUCCUUUUCUUAACAUGCAGUAGAGGGAUCGGCCAUAAU